AUGGCCACAAAUGAACCUAAAGAAGAAGAAGAAGAAGAACGGGGGGUCGAAAGGCGCCGAAAGGAGGAGGAGAAUGAAUCAUCUGGUAUCAUCCCCUUGACCUCGUCUCACGGGCGCCCGAUCGAACGGCCACUCGACAGGGAUGAAGAGGACGAAGACGAGGCGGAGCGCCGAGCGGCCGAGAAGCACUGGGAGCGGACGCUGGACCGGCUCAAGUCGGAACUGGUGCCGGUGACGCAUGUGGUGGCGAUCGACGGCAGCCCGAACAGCGACCGGGCCUUCUCGUGGGCCGUGCGCUCGCUGCCGCGGCACGACCGCCUGCUGCUGGUCUACGGGACGCGCAAGGUGCCCAUGCCCGGCCUGGAGGUCACCCUCCUCGAACGCCGGUCCGCCGACGAACAGCGACGCAAGCAACGCCGCAAGGCCCGCACACUGGCCCAGCACUACGCCCACCGCUGCGAGGAUGCCGGGAGGGAAUGUUACUUUGAGCGGCUGGAGUACUGGGGCUCGGGCGACUUAGCAGGCCAGAUCUGCCGCGCGGCGGAUGUCAACGGAGCACACACCGUGGUUGCCGGCUCGCGCGGCCUGGGUCCCAUGCAAAGGUGGAUGUUGGGGUCGGUGAGCACGGCGCUGCUCCACCAGUGCCACUCGACCGUGGUGAUCGCCAGGGACGCGCCCGAGCCGGAGCGCGAAAUCCAACCCGACCCGUCCCACCGCCUGUAG